AUUUCGGACAGGGUCAUUAUUUCAGAUUACGGGCCAAAAAAAUAUUUUUUACGAAUAUUAUUAUUAUUAUUAGUCAUUACAUGCAUACCACAUAGUUUAUAUCGUCACAAAAACGCAUCAAUUCCUAACUAAUUUUGUAUCAAUGAUAUGUUUUGAAAUUUGACAUAUAAAUUAAAAAUUUAUCUUAAAAUUUAAUAAACAACCCGGGCAUCGAACGGGCACAAAACUAGUAAUUUAUAAUCUGCUACAAUUCCGAAGUGUCGUUAGCGCUGCUAGUCAAAGUCAAGUAUUACAUACUAAGGGUGAACCAUACAUUGAUAACUUUAUAUGCAUAUAUACUCAAACUAGCUAAUGUUAAUUUACAACACUAGGAAGCUGCAUAUGAGCUUGAUAACUUGAAAAAAAAAAAAAAAAAAAAAACACACACACAAUGAAAUCCACAAGAUUAUACAUAAGAAUAAUACUAGUUAUAUUUCCCGUUACUAUAAUCUUGUUUGCCAUUCCUACAAAUUGUCAGCCUAAAUUUCAAGCCUAUACAUGCGGGGAUCUCAUAGUAAAUUACACCAAAAGCAGUCCAACUUACAAACAAAAUCUCCACACUCUUCUAUCCUCUAUAGCUUCGAAUCCUCGAAUCAACUAUGGCUUUUAUAACCUUUCAGUUGGCCAAAAACUCGACAAAGUUUAUGGAGUCGCUCUAUGUAGGGGCGACGUUCCUACCUCCAAUUGCAAGACCUGCGUUGAUUAUGCGGCAGCUAGGAUUGGCUUACAUUGUCCUAGCUAUAACUCUGCUAUCGGAUGGUACGAUGAGUGUAUGAUUCGUUACUCGGAUACUGACAUAUUUAAGGGGGAGAUGUCUCAACCACGGUAUAAUUUGACACGUCCUAUAGAGGCAUCCGAUCCCAAGGGGUUCAACUCGACGAUAUCAAACUUGAUGAAGAAGUUGGCUUAUAAGGCUGCUUCAGGGGAUUUUCGUCGCAAAUAUGCUACGGGAGAAGUUAAUGUUACUAGAAAUUUCAAGGUAUAUGCACUCCUACAGUGCAUACCAGACUUGGAGGAAUAUGACUGUUUGAAUUGUCUAAAUCUUAUCAUUAAUUAUACCAUUUCUGAUUGUUGCUACGGCAAGGAAGGGGCUAGAGCUGGUGGUCCAACGUGUAACCUUAGAUACGAGAACUACCAAUUUUACAAGUCUGUUGUUGCGCUACCACCACUUCUACCACCCUCAACACCGUCUCCAUCCACUAUCAUCACAACGCCAAAAGGAAGAAGAAGCAAGAGGUCUAGACUUGCCAUGAUAGUUAUCAUCCCCAUCUUCACGAUUUUAGUAGUGGUAAUAUUUAUCAGCUGCUACUUAAAAAGAAGAGGAAGGCCAUUGCAGAAAGUUGAAAGCGAAGAGGCUGAAGAUGAUUACAAAAUGAUUGAGUCAUUGCAAUUGGAAUUUGGCACUGUUAAAGCUGCAACAAAUAACUUCUCCAAUUCUAACAAGCUAGGCCAUGGGGGUUUUGGUACCGUUUACAAGGGUAGACUUCAAAAUGGACAAGUAAUAGCAGUAAAGAGAUUGACCACAAGUGCAGGACAAGGUGAAAAGGAAUUCAAAAACGAGGCCUUAUUAGUAGCUAAGCUUCAACACAAAAACUUGGUGCGAUUUCUUGGUUUUUGCCUCGCGAAAGAGGAAAGACUCUUGAUCUAUGAAUAUUUACCCAACAAAAGCCUCGAUCAACUCCUUUUUGAUCCUAUCAAGAGCAAGUAUCUAGACUGGGAAAAGCGCUACAAAAUUAUAGGCGGAAUUGCUCGUGGACUACUUUACCUGCACGAAGAGUCUCGAUUGUUAGUUGUCCACCGUGAUAUCAAAGCAGGAAAUGUGCUCUUAGAUGCAGAGAUGAACCCAAAAAUUUCAGAUUUUGGUGUUGCGCGUUUGUUUGGAGCAGAUCAAUCUCAUGUGUACACAAGUAAAAUUGCUGGAACUUGUGGAUAUAUGCCUCCGGAGUAUGUUAUUCAUGGAAAUUUCUCGAUCAAGUCCGAUAUAUACAGUUUUGGAGUGCUAGUACUAGAAAUCAUAAGCGGCCAAAAGGUCAGCAGGUUUUCACAAGCACAUAAUGGAGAUAGCCUUCUAAGCUUUGCUUGGAGAAAUUGGUCCGAAGGAAAUGCGAUGAAAUUGGUGGAUCCAACCAUUUCAGCUAUACAUACAAAUGAAGUCCUAAGAACCAUACACAUUGCGUUGUUAUGCGUCCAAGAGAAUGCAACACAAAGGCCAAUCAUGUCGUCUGUUGUUCUAAUGCUAAAUAGCUAUUCUAUCACUCUUCCAGUAUCCUCGCGGCCUGCUUUUUUGAUGCAGAAUGAUUUGGACUCCGAAUGUGAUAUGCCGCAUCCUGAUGAUUCCACCGACAAGGCCUCCCCUUCAACGUUUGAUGCUCGAGACUAUGUGCAAGAAGAUCAAAACUAAAAACUAAAAAGCAAGUCCAUCCUGAUUGUAAUAAGGUGGUGAACUGAAUGUUCUUUGUUAGCAGCAAACAUCAUAACGUAAAUUCUUCAGCUGCGCUACUCUAGUUUCGACAGUACAUCAACUCAACUUCAAAUUCGUAGAGUUACAUAUCAUAUAUUUUCAUGCAAUUGAACAUUUUUACUUCUAUGCUUCACCCAAUUUUUACAUGUAUGAUCCAACGAAAUGAUGUUAGUGUAUGUGUUACAUUGUUGUUAUUAUAAAAUAUGUGUGAUUAUCUUGUCUUCAUGAUUAAAGCAACACAUAAUCUUUAGACUUGAUUAUUUAUGCCCCUUGAGUAGUAGAACGAAAUAACAACUCAUAUACGAACAACUAAGGGGUCGAGCUUGGUUUCAAAAAAAAAAAAAAAAAAAAAAAAAAACUAAGGGUCGAGCUACAUACAAUUGAUACAAAUACACAUUUAUUUCCUUAUUACACCUUAGUAUAGGGGUAUAAAGUUGGCAAUGCAUUAUUAACAAUUAGCUUGAGCCAUAUAUACACAAUGAAUAGCUUUUUUUUUUUUUUUGGUAGAAGAGAAGCUUAAAUUAAGUAGUUAACCAGUCAACAAGUUUACAUCCCUUAGGCCGCAGCCUAAUUUAAUUACAACUAACACCACCAUUAGCUAAGGUGGCCGGAUUCAAAAGGGGUGUACUAGCACUCAAAUUAGAGUUACUGUUCUGAUCAGAUAAGAGUUUGCUACCAAAAGAUACGCUACUGCUAUUACAAAAGUCAACUUCU